UCACAACUGGAAAAAUACUUUUAAUUCACUCUGACUUUAAAGUAAACCUGUCCACGUUUCACAUGGAUAAUUACACCAGCGAUGAAGACAUAGAUGAAGACUUUGACACCCAGCUCAUCAUUCAACAGAGUUUACAGGAUAUUUAUAAGCCAGGAACAGCACAACAUGCACCUAAGGAUGAGAGUUUCCAUUCCUUUUUGAGCGCUGACUAUAAGAAGAUAGUUGAAACAAUAGAGAAAGGUAAGGAAGAUGCAUUGUCACACUUAACCAAGUACCAUUCCGCAUUUGAUGAAGCAGAUGAGAUAGGCUGGAUUCCUCUGCAUAAGGCUGCAGUGCAAUUAAAUAAGAAAAUUUUGGAAAUAACCCUAAGCGCUUCAGACCCCAGUCUGUGGGAGCAAACCACUCACAAUGGUGAAACGCCACUUUUUUUGGCUGUCAGCAGUUGCCUCUUGGAAAAUGCCACUUUUCUUCUUCUCAAUGGCUGCAAUCCAAAUGCUAAGAAUUUCGAAGGCAAUUCUCCUCUUCUUACAGCUGUGCUGCGUGACUCCUAUGACAUGGCUGCCUUGCUGAUCAACUAUGGAGCAGAUGUCAAUCUGCGUUGUGCCAACGAGAGGACAGCUCUCCACGAAGCAGCCAAACUGGGCAGAGAGGACAUGGUGAAGCUUAUGCUGGUUUCUGGGGCACACCCUGACCCACAGAGCACGUAUGGAUUCACUCCUCUUGCUCUUGCUGCCCAAAGUGGACACACUGAAAUCAUGGAAAUGUUACUGCGGAAAGGAGCUAAUGCUCAUGGUCAGGCCUCUGAUUCUUCUUCCAUCUUACUUGAAGCCGCAAGUGGAGGAAAUCCAGAUGCUGUGGCUCUCUUGCUGGAGUAUGGAGCUGAUGCCAACAUCCCUAAGAAUUCAGGCCACCUACCCAUCCAUGUGGCAGCUGACAGGGGACACUUACUAGCUCUAAAGAUACUGAUUCCAGUUACGGAUCUUGCUGCCAUUAAGCAGAGUGGGAUCAGUCCAGUUCACUGCGCAGCAGCAGGAGCACAUCCUCAGUGCCUGGAACUCCUCAUCCAGGCUGGAUUUGAUGUGAACUUCAUGCUGGAUCAGAGAAUUAACAAACACUACGAUGACCACAGGAAGUCAGCUUUGUAUUUUGCUGUAUCAAACAGUGACCUCUCUUCAGUCAAGCUGCUUCUGAGUGCUGGAGCUCUGCCUAAUCAAGACCCAGUUAACUGCCUCCAGAUAGCCCUCAGGAUGGGCAACUAUGAGCUGAUCAGUCUGCUGCUAAGGCAUGGGGCCAAUGUCAAUUACUUCUGCAGAGUUAACCCUUUACAUUUUCCAUCAGCACUGCAAUACACUCUGAAAGAUGAAGUCAUGCUCAGGAUGCUGCUGAACUAUGGGUAUGACACAGAGCGAUGUUUUGAUUGCCCACAUGGAGACAAAGUCCAUCCUUCCUAUACUGUUGAAGGCUGGACAUCUACAGUUAUCAAAGAUACUAAGUUCUGUGAAGUAAUAACUUUGUCAUGGCUGCAACAUCUCUCUGGAAAGGUUGUUCGAGUGAUGCUUGAUUAUGUUGAUCAAGUUCGGAUCUGUUCAAAGUUGAAAGCUGUGCUCCAAAAACAGGGGAUCUGGUCAGAAAUACAUUUUAUCUUAACAAACCCUCGCUCCCUAAAACACUUGUGCCGCCUAAAGAUCCGGAAAUGCAUGGGACGGUUACAUUUGCGCUGCCCUGUCUUCAUGUCAUUUCUUCCAUUACCCAAUCGUCUAAAAGCAUAUGUCCUUUACAAAGAAUACGACCUUUAUGGACAAGGAAUUUUUACAGGAACCUGGUAA